UGCCUGCAUCCUCUCAAACGUUCACGUUAGCGUAAAAGCAAAAAAAUUCGAAGUGAAACGAUUAAAUUUUAGUUAAUUUUUAAUUUAGCAUCGUAAGCUUGGAGAAUUUGAGAUCUGUCUGUGUGCAAAUACAAUUUUAUUUGAGUUUUUGGGCUGUAUCCUCCGGUUUUCGUGGGUGAAGUGAUGUCUUCUUGUUCAUCUUGAACAGUGUCGGCGAUUGACAUUUAGGCCUAGUUAUAAAUUAAUUUACACUUUCGUUGUUGCAGAUACAACUACUCUUGUCAUUUAUUUUUGUUUAAAGAGGUCACACGUUUUAUAACUUAAAGUUGUCCAAUUUUGUGGUGGUUAAAAUCCUCACAAUAAUAGCCUAGGCCUAAUUACCUACUACUAGUAGGCCUGUCUGAAGUGAGUAUACUUAAGUUACUACAGCCUAGGCCUGUUCCAAAAUGUUUAAUCUGAUGAAUAUUUCUAAAAUGCGUAAUAUUAGGACAGGAAAAUGUGAUAUAAACAAAAUGAUGAGGCACUCGCCACCUCUAUUCCUGGCUUCACAACGGGCAAUUCAUGAGAUCCCUGAUAGACUGAAAGAAGUCCCUACUGCAGAAAAUCCAAGGUUUUUUGAUAUGGUUGAAUAUUUUUUUCAUCGUGCAUGUCAAAUUGCUGAAGAUCAAUUAGUAGAAGAUAUGAAGACCAAACUCUCUCUUGAAGACAAAAAGAAGAAAGUUAAAGGAAUAUUGAUGGGAAUGCAGCCUUGUGACCACAUAAUUGAAAUCAAUUUUCCUGUGCGCCGUGAUAGUGGAGAUUAUGAAAUGAUUCAAGGCUAUCGCGCUCAACACAGUACUCACCGAACCCCUUGCAAAGGAGGUAUCCGUUUUUCUGAAGAAGUAUCAAGAGAUGAAGUGAAAGCUCUUUCUGCUCUCAUGACCUUUAAGUGUGCUUGCGUUGAUGUUCCUUUUGGAGGGGCAAAAGCUGGAGUCAAAAUCGACCCAAAAAAAUACAGUGAGUUUGAACUUGAAAGGAUCACACGAAGAUUUACAUUGGAGUUGGCCAAGAAAGGAUUUAUUGGACCUGGUGUGGACGUCCCUGCUCCUGAUAUGGGUACUGGCGAGCGUGAAAUGUCGUGGAUUGCCGACACUUACGCCAAAACCAUUGGUCAUCUGGACAUAAACGCUCAUGCAUGUGUGACUGGUAAGCCUAUCCAACAGGGAGGUAUACAUGGUCGUAUCUCUGCCACUGGCCGAGGAGUGUUUCACGGCUUGGAAAACUUCAUCAUGGAGGCUAACUACAUGAGCAUGAUUGGGACCACGCCGGGUUGGGGUGGAAAAACCUUCAUUGUUCAGGGUUUUGGAAACGUGGGUCUUCACACAAUGAGAUACCUCCACAGGGCUGGAGCUACUUGUAUUGGUGUUAUUGAAAGGGAUGGUUCAAUCUUCAACCCUGAAGGAAUCGACCCUAAGAAACUAGAAGACUACCGCAUUGAAACUGGAUCAAUCGUAGGAUUCCCCGGAGCCCAACCUUACCAGGGAGAGAAUCUGAUGUUUGAGAAAUGUGACAUUUUCAUUCCUGCUGCCCUUGAAAAAGUGAUUACCAAGGACAAUGCCCAUAAGCUGCAGUGUAAGAUUAUCGGUGAGGCAGCCAAUGGCCCGACCACACCGGCCGCGGACGCUAUUCUCCUGGAACGCAACAUCCUGGUCAUACCUGACUUGUACAUCAACGCUGGAGGUGUCACUGUGUCCUUUUUCGAGUGGUUGAAGAAUCUCAACCACGUGUCUUACGGCAGACUGACAUUCAAGUACGAGCGGGAGUCCAACUACCACCUGCUCGAGUCCGUCCAAGAGUCUUUAGAGAGGCGGUUUGGUCGGGUGGGAGGUCGCAUUCCAGUGACUCCUUCAGAAGCUUUCCAGAAGAGAAUCGCAGGAGCUUCAGAGAAAGACAUUGUACAUUCUGGUCUUGACUACACAAUGGAGCGGUCAGCUCGAGCUAUCAUGAAAACUGCAACGAAAUACAACUUGGGCUUGGAUUUGCGAACUGCUGCAUACGUUAACUCAAUCGAGAAGAUCUACACCACUUACAAAGGAGCUGGACUUGCUUUUUAAAAUGAAAAUCUGAACAUAUCUUUGGGUGGAGAUCUACAAAUCACCUCACAAAAUGUUGGUCAGGUUUGAAGCAAAGUACGAUUUGUUCUUGAAUUUAUUAGGUUAAGUUUGUUUUGCUUUAUUUUUUGGUAUUGGUGCUUAUGAUUUUACCUGUAUUUGGCAUUUACUUUAAUAACCUCACGUGACUCCGCGAUUUAAGUGAUAUUAAGUUUUGAAUUGUUUAGUCAUUAGGCCUACUGAUGUAUAAACCAUUCUGAUCCAUUUCUGGGAUAGUAAUAGUGAGGUUCAAAUGAAGAAUAAUUCUCACUUUUACCUCUUGAUCAAAUAAGAGUUUUUAAGGCUUGAACACUAAACUAUAAAAUGACAUUUAUAUACUUACAGAGCCAUUUUCUUCAAGGGGUUUUCUUGAAAUAAACGUUUGUUUGGUAAUAAAAAAUCAUAACUUCAACACCAAUUUUUAACUUUUUAUCAAUAAUUAUUAAAAUAAAAGGUGUAUGUUAUAAAGGACGUAGUAAUAUUAACACCUUGAAUAACCUUGGUUUAGGUUUACACAGUGGCGGAUCCAGAGGGGGGGCGAGGGGGGCGACCGCCCCAACCUCGGGCUUCCAUAUACAUAUAUUUUUUACUGCAUGUAAUACAGUAGUGCAUACAAAUUGCGUAAAAUAAUUUGUCACACUAACUUUGGACAAAGAAAUGGUAAAAAACUGUGAAAGAACUGUGAGGAGACUUAGUUUACACACAUUUUUCGGAGGGGUACCCCCGAACCGCCCCUGACUCCCUGGUUCGCCCCCCCCCCUUGUGACUGCUCUAGAUCCGCCACUGGGUUUACACCUUGAAAAAAUGAUUUGAAUUGAGAUUAUAAUAAUUUUAAAUUCCUAAAUUUUAUUUGCCAAUCCUAAGAAAAUGCAAUAUUUGUAAGCAUAUCCAACAACUAGUUACAAGGGACGUCAAUAUCAAUGCUGUUGCUCAAAUAGUAACAAAUCAGAUGUACGUUUUUGCCCUCACUUAUAGUUUGACAAUGGUCUUCAAGACCUUAUAGAAAAACGUCCUCCCUUCAAGGUUUCAAUAUUCAAUAUUGUAAACCUCUACUAUAUAAUGUUCCUUUUUAUCACUUUCCCUAGGAUGGCCUUACAUAACCAAAUUUUUGUAUUUAAUUGUAAUUGUAUUUAGUUUUAUAGUCAUUGUUUUUUUACUUUGUAGUUAGAAAGUCAUAAAUUUUAUUGUAUACCUAAAACUUGAAGAAUUUACAAUGUUGUAGCCCGAUAUUUUUUUUUAAAUCGGGAAAUUAGACUAGCAAACUCAAUUGAGACGGUUCUACUUUUUGAUUUGAUAUUUUAAACUUUAAUUUCAUUAAUGGCAAAACCACGUGUUCUCUUGGUCAAUUGAAUUGAACUAAUUGUAAAUUGAUUUCAAACCAUCAAAUAAUAUUGCAUUUCAAACUAGAACUAGACAAUGUCAGCAACAUUUUCACAGAAUCUGACAAGCUUUAUAUUUUUAGCAAAUUUCUAGGCUGUCACAAAAAUGUGUUAUUAAGCUUUAUUUUGGAUACAAGAAAGACGAUAUUAUGCGAAAGAUCUGCGCUAGUGAUUGUGAUAUUAUUUUACUGAAUAGGAUUUUUUUUAGAAAAUUGCUUUCUGUUACCAAUUUGAAAGUUUUUGAGGUACUUGAAUCUAAAAUGUAUGUAGGAAGUUUGUUUUGCACUGGUAGAAAUUGUGUAGAAUAUUUGUGGUCACACUGCUCUCUGUUCAUUUAAUUCACUUAGUGAUUUAUGGAAUUGCACUCAUUCAAUGUUGGUACUCAAAGUCAGUGAAUGUGUGUUACGAACGAGAAGUUUGUGGUAAGGAAGUUUGUUUGAAAAGAGUAGUUUAUAUCAUUUCGUGAACAAUAGUUUAAAGUUAUACACUUUGGUUGCUUCAUAGAGCACUUUUUCAAUGUUGAUACUUAAUACAAUUGUUGCAAAGUUGUUAUCUGUAAUAUGUUAUACUCAGAAUCGUGUACAAAACUGAUUUCCGAUUUUUUUUCUGGCUCCAUCAUUCCAAUGGUGUAUUAUACUAUACUGUUAUACAUUCCUGAUUGCUAUAAGAUUUUGUUAUGUUUUAUCAAAAGCCUAUUUUUACCUAUUUUUUCCUAUUUUUACUUAAGAAUGUUUUCCAUUAAUUGUAAUUUCUUAAUUCCCAUCGUAUGUUUUUAUUCAAUUAUUUUAUUUCCUACAGACCAAAUCAUUCCAUUAUUUUUUAAUACCUUGUGGAACAAAUAUUAUGUACUUGCAGUUUUAAGAAUCUUUUGGCACAGAUAAAUAAUGAUUGUAAAGGUAACUUUCAGCCUGUGUUAAAAUCCCAAUGUCUUCACUCUGAUCCCCCUUUCAAGCUAAUGUUUAUGUGUAGGCUACUCAUUUGAAUACCAAGCUAUCAGCCGUAUUGUAACAGCAUACGUGAGGUUUACACUUCUGACAUAAUUAUGUUUCCUUUGCAUUCAUUAUUUCUCUGUGCUAUCGGUUAUUUUUUUUUAUGGAUUUUAUUUAAGUAUAAUUUUUAAUUUUCAUAAGCUCGGACGAAUUUCUCUGUCCUUGAUGUAUACUCUUAGUUUGUAACUUAACCACACUGUGCCAACGUAUACAUUACAACUUACAACUCAUUGAUUAUAUUUUAUACUAAUGUUGCUCUGUGUAAGAUAAAUCCAUGGAAUUACUACUCUGUGUUCAUAUACAAAGUUUCCAAUUUAGUUUGGUUUAUGAAUUUACUUGGGCAUUUCCAACCAAGCCACGAAUUAACAAUUUUAGUGUAAUUGCGUUAAUGUUUUAUAAUUCUAUUAAAAUGCUGUACUUAAA